UUCCCCGCCCCCGCCUCGGCCACCGCCGCCACGGUCGUCGCCGCCACCGGGCUAUAAAAACCGGCCGAGCCCCGAAAGGUGCGGAUGCUUAUUAUAGACCAACGCGACCUCAGCGCCCGGAGUCCGGUUCUCCGCUGCGACUUUGGGGAACGAACUCCUCUCAUUGCAUCCACAGAGGCGUGCUUAAAGCUCCGAGGGCCGGGGAAGGGAGGGCAGACCCUGCGAAAGCUGCGACUACCUUUCAGGGCCAUGGACUCGGACGCCAGCCUGGUGUCCAGUCGCCCGUCGUCGCCAGAGCCCGAUGACCUUUUUCUGCCGGCCCGGAGCAAAGGCAGCGGAGGCAGCGGCUUCACGGGCGGCACAGUGUCCUCGUCCACGCCGAGCGACUGCCCGCCGGAGCUGAGCGCAGAGCUGCGCGGCGCCAUGGGCGCGGCGGGCGCGCACCCCGGGGACAAGCUGGGCGGCGGCGGCUUCAAGUCAUCCUCGUCCAGCACUUCGUCGUCCACUUCCUCAGCGGCCGCGUCGUCCACCAAGAAGGACAAGAAGCAGAUGACAGAGCCCGAGCUGCAGCAGCUACGCCUCAAGAUCAACAGCCGCGAGCGCAAGCGCAUGCACGACCUCAACAUCGCCAUGGACGGGCUGCGCGAGGUCAUGCCUUACGCGCACGGCCCGUCGGUGCGCAAGCUCUCCAAGAUCGCCACGCUGCUGCUGGCGCGCAACUACAUCCUCAUGCUCACCAACUCGCUGGAGGAGAUGAAGCGACUGGUGAGCGAGAUCUACGGCGGCCACCACGCCGGCUUCCACCCGUCCGCCUGCGGUGGCCUGGCUCACUCGGCGCCUCUGCCCGCCGCCACGGCGCACCCCGCGGCCGCCGCGCACGCAGCACACCACCCCGCAGUUCACCACCCCAUUCUGCCUCCCGCCGCGGCCGCCGCCGCCGCCGCCGCCGCCGCGGCCGCCGUGUCCAGUGCCUCCCUGCCUGGCUCCGGCCUGUCGUCGGUCGGCUCCAUCCGGCCCCCGCACGGCCUUCUCAAGUCCCCGGCGGCGGCGGCGGCGGCGGCCCCGCUGGGGGGCGGGGGCGGCGGCAGCGGGGGCAGCGGCGGCUUCCAGCACUGGGGCGGCAUGCCCUGUCCCUGCAGCAUGUGCCAGGUGCCGCCGCCGCAUCACCACGUGUCGGCCAUGGGAGCCGGCAGCCUGCCGCGCCUCACCUCCGACGCCAAGUGAGCGGGCCGGCGCCGGCGCGAUCUGGCGAGCAGAGGGACCCGGAGGCUGCGGGCAAGCAAGGACUGGCGGCGCCGGGGGCCCGGGAGCUCAGCUCGGAGGAGCGCGGGACCUUGGGCUGGGGCUGGGGCUGGGGGUGGGGGUAGGGGCAAUGGGGAGGACACCCGCGCUGGGGAACCGAAGCAACGUGGUGGGGAGGUGGGGCGCACCGAACAGUGGGGAGGGAGAGGGGCGUUCUUUCUGGGACCUAGCUCAGCCCCCCUCUCUGGCUUUAAGCAGCGCUGCUCG